CUCCGGCGCUGGCUGAGCAAGUCUGCAAGGAGUGGGCGAGCGAGCAGAAGCCGGAGUCGGAGACACCCCCGGCGGCCCUCGCUGCGGGCGUCCGGACGAGCGCGCGAUGACGGCCGGGAGCCCCGGGGACGGCGGCGCGCGCAGGAGCCCCGAGGGCCGGGUCUCGCGCCUGGGCCGCCGCCUGGGCCGGCGCCGGCGGCCGCGCUCCCCUCCGGAGCCGCUGCGGGUGCGGGCGCGGCUGCGGCUGCGCUCGCCGUCGGGGGCGUUCGCGGCGCUGGGCGCGCUCGUGGUGCUGGUGGGCAUGGGCAUCGCGGUGGCGGGCUACUGGCCCGGCCGCGCCGCCCACGCCCACGGCCCGAGGAGCGGCCGCGCGCACGGGCCCCACGAGCGCCUGCGGCUGCUGGGCCCGGUGAUCAUGGGCGUCGGCCUGUUCGUGUUCAUCUGUGCCAACACGCUGCUCUACGAGAACCGAGACCUGGAGACGCGGCGGCUCCGCCGGGGGGUGCUACGGGCGCAGGCGCUGCGGCCGCCCGACGGCCCCGGCUGGGACGCGCUGCUGCCCAGUUCCUCCAACGGGUCCCCGGGAGCCGUCGCGGAGCCCGAGACCUGGGACCUGGCCCCGAGGCGGGGACCCUCGCCCGUCCCGUCGGUUCGCAGCCUGCGGUCCGAACCUGCCAACCCCCGCUCGGGUCUGCCCGCGCUACUCCACAGCUAUCCACUGAAGGGCCCGGGGCUGCCGCCACCCUGGGGUCCCCGGACUCAGACUGGCCACGUGAUCAUCACGGUGCAGCCCUCGGGUUCCUGUAUCGAGCACUCCAAGUCUUUGGACCUGGGCUUGGGGGAGCUCCUCCUGGGGGCCCCGGCGUCUCGGGACUGUGCCCACCGAAGCUGGCCACGGCUGGACCGACUCAGCCUGGGGGGCUACGCCAAGUUAGGAGGGGACUUGGGGUCCCGGGUCUGAGGUGCAAGGGCUAACCUGCUGUGAGGCUACCAGCAUGGACCGUGGGACUGGGACACAAGUCCAGUGUCCAAAAGCUGCUCCGGUGACCCCCGAGGCUGGGCUGGAUGGUGCGGUGGCAGCAGCCGCCGAGGCUCCCGACCUGCAUGUGUAGCGCGGUGCCAGCUGCGGCGGGCGAGCCCGGGGACGUGUGCUCAUGUGGACACCAGCAUGAUUCAGCCUCAGGAAUUUCUUCAGCCCAUGUGGCCUUAGCCCGGGACCGGGACCUGAGGGGCUGCAGGCUAGGCCAGCUAGGCCAGGAGCAUCCGGGGAUGCACCAGGGACCUUGGCAAACUCCCAGAUGCCUCCAAGAUGGCAGUGGUGACUGGGGGUGGGAGCACCGGGGGAAGGUGGGCAGUGAGGUGUAAGGGCGACCCUCUGCAGCCGUCGGGGGCAGCGGCUGCACCUCUGUUACCACCUUAAGUCCGCUCUCCCCUCAGCUAUGCAGGCUCUGUCCCGGCAGGCUAACUACUGCCAGUGCCCUGACCUGGGGUCGGACUGCCCCCGGGAGACAGGAUCGACCUUAGUCUGGCCGGUGCCGCAAAGCCUGCACCCGUUGGCAGUGGGCGCCCGCCAGUUCUCAGCAGUUCCUUUCCGCAGCGCAGAGUGCGCGCUGGCCAGCGUGGGCAGCUCACUGCACGGCGCCUUCCCUUCCCGUCUCCCUGCCCAGGUCUAACUUUCGCCCGCUUUUGUUAGAAGAGCAUUUCAAGAGUGCAUCAGUCCUCACAGUCAGGCUUUUUUUUUUUUUUUAAGUUUAUUGAAAAAUGCCAUACAAGAAGCAAGACCAAACACUUACCUACGCACUACAGCCACAUCUGUCGCUAAGAAAGGCGCAGACAGCAGGCCCCACUACUGCUCUCUCACCUAAGGGUUUAAGUUGGACUCUGCCGCCAUAGUUCCUAUUUUGUCAAAUGUAAACAACUACUUGAUAUGAUUCAUAAUUUUGUAAAAAUUUUACAAAGCUCCUUCAUUUUUUGUCAUCAAAAUAAUACAUCUGAGAGAUUUGUAAAAACCACCAGCCUGGGGCUAUUUCCCAUGAGCACUGGGGUGCUGGCCGCGGAGCUCAGCUCCAUUUCUCAAGGUGGCCAGGGCUCCCCAACCCCAGCUGCUCAGCAUACCCCAGAAUACACUGCUGGCCUGGGGGAGGGGCCCCGGAGGUAGCCUCCUGGGGCCCCAGCUUAGGAAUAUAGGGCUGGCGUUGUGGGUGGGUGGCAGAGAUCUCAUGUGGCUUGAAGGAAAUCUACUUCUGAAGUAAAAAUAAAACUGCAGUUGGGAUUGUUA